CUGUGCCCAGAUUUGAUACAUCUUUUGAAAGUGAUUUUGAAGAAAAAUCUGUGCAGACUGAUGCUCCUGAUCUGAGGGAUAAGCUGAAAAAGGCUCAUGGAAAAAUCAGGUGGGAUAAUAUUAUUUCUGUUAUUUGUCAGCAUGUUGUACAAAGCUGAACAAAUCAGUGCAGCACUUGUAUUUGUGUGAAUGACAUUAAAAGGAACAUGCUUUGGCAGAACCAACGUUGCCUUUUUCAUACAAGUUAUAGAUUUUCAACUGUCACCUUCUUACUCCUUACACCUGGUGUAUUUUUUAAUAACACCACAUGCAAUGUGUUUUGUUCUUAUUAUCCGUCUCUCACAAGAACUGCUUGUCUCGCAAAAUGUGUUCAUUAAAGUCUUAUUUCGUUGACUUUUUCAGGCACACCGCAACAGAGUACAGGGCCAACUUUAAGUCACCAGCUGGAUACAGUUAUGAGAAUGGGGCCUGGAAGGGGGCAUAUUCAGCCCAACUGAUCCUAGUAGGUCUCAGAAUAGAUUUGUUUGUUACAUCAUCAUAGAAACGACUGACACAGUUAUCUUCAGGGAAAUGGCUAUGUCAGGCCACCCACAGUUAGUUUCAGGGAAAUGGCUAAGUCAGGCCACCCAAAGUUGGCUCAAUCACACAACCCAGGUCACUCCUAGUUAGCUUAAUCACACAACUUAGGUCACUCUUAGUUAUUUAGCUCAGUCACACAACCUAGGUCACCCUUCGUUAUUUAGCUCAAUCACAUAAACCAUGCAUCAUGUCUUAUUCUGAUUUAACAACUAAAAGCUUUUUUCAUUUUAAAUUCUUUCUUUUCUUUAUUCCAUUUUUUUACCGAACCUUGAAAAACACUCUAUUACUAAUAACAUUUAAAACAUUUUCUCCCAUCUGUUUAAACAUUAGUUUACAUGACCAAAUAGAACAGGGGGCGAAGUUUACAGCCAACAUGCCAUCACUGUAGGGGUAGAUACACGCUAUAAAUGUAGGGGUAUAUAUACAUGCUAUCACUAAUUGGGGUAGAUACAAAGAACUGAGAAGAGUAAAUUCAUUCUUUGACACUGAAUUUUCAGGAUGGUAAUGGAAACUUGAAUAACAACAAUGAGAGAAACAACAACAAUGAGAGAAACAACAACAACAAUGAGAGAAACAACAAUAACAACAAUGUUGAUCCACCACUGUCUAGUUGGUAUGCAGAGGUCAUUGAACUUCGACGUAGGGCAGAAGAGUAUCGCAAACGAGCGCAGGGGACUCACUUUUCUCGUGAACACCUGGUUCAGCUCAUGGCUAAGCAGACUGAAUGCUGGGAUGCUAACUCUGUGGAAUCUUCGACCGUUGGUGCUCUGAAUUUAGAAGCUCCUACCCUGAGGUAUUCUUUACGUCUUUGAUGCAAGUGGUGGAUUUUAUUCUAUAUGUCUUUGAUACAAGUGGUAGAAGUAGUAGAAUGUAUUCUUUACGUCUUUGAUACAAAUGGUGAUAGGUAAUCUACAUGUCUUUGAUACACAUGUUAGAAGGUUUUCUACAUGUCUUUGAUACAUGUGGUAGAAGGUAUUCCACAUGUCUUUGGUACAAGACAGUGGUAUACACUACUGUUGCCAGGAAGUUAACUGAAUUUUUUUUUUACAUGCUGCAUACAAUUUAAUUUUGAUUGUAUAACUAGUAGUAGCAUCCAUUUGUUUUAUAAAACUUGAUGUUACUUCCAACUGAUGAAAACUAAGUCAUUGAACUAUGCAUGCAAAUCAAAGCCUUAGCUUACUAUGGCUAGUUUAUACCAUUUCCUAAGGUCCCGCCAAAGGGAACACAUUAUUAUAAUGUCUGGCUAUCUGAUGAGUACCUGGGUUCAUUGAUGCAAAACAAACUAGUAAAAUAUGAAACCAAAUUUUCAGAGAAAGGCUUCGUGCAGCUCCAGCCAAUCACCAUGUUCCUGUAGACAACUGCUCUCAUGAGGCAACGGACGGUGACGUGGCAGAUGAUUCGGAUGUUGAUGAUCCAGCUGGUGAGCGAUGGGCACAAAAUGAAGAAAGGAAGAAGAGGGGGGCUCGGAAGAGCAGAAAGAUGGUGUGGCUAGAAGAACAGAAGCAAAACCUGGCAGAACAGAGCAGGUCAGUUACAUUGACAGAACAGAACAGGUUUGUUACAUUGACAGAAAAGAACAUGUUUGUUACAUUGACAGAACAGAGCAGGUUAGUUUCACUAACAGAACAUAACAUGUUAGUGACAUUGACAGAACAGAACAGGUUUGUUACAUUGACAGAAAAGAACAUGUUUGUUACAUUGACAGAACAGAGCAGGUUAGUUUCACUAACAGAACAUAACAUGUUAGUGACAUUGACAGAGCAGAGCAGGUUAGUUUCACUAACAGAACAUAAUAUGUUAGUUACCUUGACAGAGCAGAGCAGGUUAGUUUCACUAACAGAACAUAAUAUGUUAGUUACCUUGGCAGAGCAGGUUAGUUUCACUAACAGAACAUAGCAUGUUAGUUACCUUGACAGAAUAGAGUAGGUUAGUUACCUUGAAAAAAACAGAUCAGGUUGGUUACAUUGACAGAACAGAGCUGUUUAGUUUAUAUAUGUUUUUUAUAAUAUUUUGUGUGUACCUCUCAUAGCUUAUGUUACCUGUUCCUCAGAAUGUACAACCCCCACAUGAAAAUCCCAUGUCAGUGAGUACACAAAAUGUUUUGAUUUUUUUUUUUUUUAAUUGUCUCCAGAAGUUUGAAAGAAAAAAUCAGGCAGCAGGAAGACUCUGAUGAUGGAGAUUUACAGGAUGCAAUUAAUGAAGGGAGACUACACAAAUCUCCCACACGACAGCAACAUUCUCCAACUAUGAGAAGACACCACCUUGACCGCACCACACCUGCCGUGGGUGGAGCCAUCCUGGCGUGCCAUCCCUCUAAGAGCAGUAAAAUGAUUGUUACGUCCCGUUCAGGUCAAUAUUUCUUAUUUCAACUUCAAUAAUAAUGUACUCCAUGUUCAUGAUGAUCUGGGACAGGUAAACCUACACUACCAGACCUGUUUACUGUUAUGAUUUUGGUGUACAAUGUACGAUUUUGAGAUGUUUUUUACAGUUGUACACUGAAACCUGUCAGAACUAUGAUUUUAUGGGUUUAAAAAAAUAUUCCUUUGGUUUUUAACGAUGUAAAAAAAAAAAAAAAAAGAUUUUAAAAUAAACAAAACAAUGUUUUUGGUUGUCAGUUACAGCUCUUGUCUACAUGCCGCUGUGAUCGUACAGAUGAAUAUGUACAGAUACGUGGGGAUCAUUUAUAACUAAAUUACAUAUGCAUUGAGUGGGGAAAGGGGUUGGGGUUGGCUUUGAAGAGUACAGGUGUGUAUGGGAGGAGUAGGGAGACUGUCUAGAUAUUUCUAUAAGCUGUAAGAUAACACCAUUCGCAUUUUGUAAUGAUCCAGAUAUAGUUGUUUUGUGUCUUCACAAUGCACUCGCUAGAUACAGCAACAUUAAUAUUUAGCACAUGCGCUCUAGUGAUUCAUUUAGUUAGCAUUUGCUUUUGUUUGCUUUGAUACUAUAUGAUGUAAUUUUGUAGCAUAUUUAUUUUGUUCUGUGGCUGAAAGGGGGGGGGGGGUGUGGAUUGGGUAUAUGGAGAAAACAAAAGAUUUUUAUUUUAAAAAUCUAUUCUUAACUACUUUGCACAGCAGUGUUACAUUUUGACAUAUAUUAAAAGAUCUAGUAAGAAGCAGUUGAAAUCUAUUUUUAGAAGUCAUUAAGCAGCUGAAAAAUUUUAUAGCCCAUUUUUGUUCCAGCACUUCUCUUCCCUUCUCCCAAUACAGUUUGUGGGGGUUAUGAGAAAACAAAAUUUUCAAGCAAAAUAAAAUCAGGCUCCCAGGCUUAAUGCAGAGAUGGGCAGCUAUUUUUUUUUUUUCACUCAGUAUUUUAAAACAUGUUGAGUAGGGGGAGGGCCGGUUGUGAAAAAAGAAGCCGCACCAGAAGCAAAAUAUAUAUAAGAGAUAGUCAUGUGCUUUGAGAAGUGACCUCUGUUACACAGGCGAUGUGAAUAGUUAACGUAAACAUCACACUGUAUGUUUAUUUAUUUACUAUUCUCUUAAGGUAUUGUACAACUUUGAGAUUGUAAUGUAAUAUUCUGAAACUAUAGUGUAGUAUUUUGGUAUAUCCUCUGUAAACAGGUCUGCAAUACUUACUGUUAGUUUCUCAUUCAAAUACAUUAAUUUGCUUCAACUUCCUUUAAAUGUAUUUUUUAUUUAGGAGAUUGCUAUGUCACUGCUUCCGAUGAGUUCCCUGCUACAAAGCCUCUGCUGAAGGUAAUUGUAGUUAAUGUUUUUAACCAACCCUGGAGCAAUUAUGUGUACACCAUCUGACUCAAGACCAGAAGGUUGGGUGUUGCAAUUAUGUGUACAUCAUCUGACUCAAGGCCAGAAGGUUGGGUGUUCAGAUAACUUUUAACUUUAACUAGUUAAGUCAACUCCCGGCUGACCUAAUUAAACAAAAACUUUCCGGGCUACCUUAGCAAAAAGGUCAUAAAUAUGUUUUAAAAAUGUGUAAGUAAUUUUUUUAAAAGAAACAAAAUAUAAAAGAAACAAUGUCAUUGUUGUAUACAUUUUUAUUAAAUAUAAAAAUAAAAAUGAAUGGAAUGCUAUAUUCACAAUAAAAAAAUAAGGUUAUUUAUAAGGGUUAAUUAAUGAAUGUAACAAUUAACAAGUUCCGAUAACCUUUUAACUUAACUUGAUAAUCCUAUAUACUUAAAAUCUGAUUUGUGGUCAUCUCACAAAUAUCUAGAGCUACAAAAUGGAUCAAUUUCUGACCAUGCCCACACUUGGCCUACCGUCUGGGGACUCUCACCCUCUUAGGGAUGACUCGGCUGAUGUGGAUCAACCCUUGAAAACACAGUUUGUCAUCUCACCACCUCUCCCUCAAAGUGAUGAAGGUAUGAUAUAUAUUGCAAUUAGAUGAUAGAAUACCGGACUUAAAUUCUGAGAUAAAAUGCAUGACUUUACCCUUUAAGUUUCAUAAUAACAGAACAUGUGGUGUCACGGCUGAUACAAAGCAAAAUCGUCAUUAAAAAUGCGAAAGGUUUAAUGUAUAUUGGUCAAAGGGAAAUCACUAUAUAUAAAUGAGUUUACUUCCUAUUUCAGUUACUUCCUAUUUCAGUGUGUUAACAUGCUUUUAUCUAGGAUUUUUUUGUGAUUAAUCGGCCUGUGAAAUUUUCUCAAAUUUUUCAACCGUCAUAAUGUCUAAUGCCGGAGAGGGCCCCCCUCUAGAUUGCAAAAUCAACACAGAAUUUCUUUAUUGGAAUUAUUUCAAAUAAAUUAAAAUGAAAGCAGUGAUUUCAGACUUAACCCAAGUGCUAGUAAUGACAGUAUUAGCUCUAGCGGUGAUGGUGGCAUGAGAGUCAUAUACUGACAAUAUUAGCCCUAAGCUUAGUCAUAUUACAGACAAAUUUUUUUUGGAAAUGGAAAUCGAACAGAAAAAGAUAAAAAUUUUAUCGCAAAGACCUACCCUAAAGACAUUUAUGUUUGUGUAUGUUCUGGAAUAUUAAUAAAUAAAAUAUGGAUUUAAUAACUUAAAUGGAAAAGGAAUUUUUUAAACUCAUUUCGUGCCCCCCACCCCCUUGCAAUUUGUAUGACAGAAAUUUGAAGGUAGCGAAUGAAAACAAAAAACACUAAUGUUACAAUUUUCAAUAUAACUAAUGGUAACUUGACAUUUUCUCAAAGAAUGUUGCUACUAGUAUCUCAGAAACUUGAUUUUAUAAUGUUUUGAACAAUUUAUAGGGUAUGAAGUGAUUAUGAAGGGUAGGUUGAAUUCAGAAGUGGAGUAGUAAAAUUUUACUCUCACUGUAAAUGUCAAGGUCAAUAUCAACAUACAUACGUAAUGAAAAAAAAAGUUCUUUUCAUACCAUAAAGAUACAUUAUCUCAUGAACUUUCAAAAAAAUGUAUACUUGCAAGGGCCUCUGAAAUCAUUUAGUCUGACAGUUAUAGGUUUAUGUCAGUUCUUUUUAAGGAAGUAAUCUGAUCACUGGCACUUGUAAAAUAAACCAAAAGCUGUGCCACUACUAUGGGACCAUCUUCAUACAGUGGUUGGUAUGAUACAUCAACAAAUGAAUUUUUACAAAUUUCUGGUACUCAUAAUGUAAAUGGCCAUCGUACAGGUCUCCAGUGUACAAAAAUACUGGUUGAAGUCAACACCAUAUCAUGAACUUAAUGUGCACGCAACCCCCCCCCCCCUCCAUUUUUUUAUAAUUUCCAAGCAAUAUUUUUAUUUUGUUAAAAAAAUAAUGACUCCGUGAAUAAUUGCAUGUAAAAUAAUGUAUGUUUGAAAUACAAAGUUGUUGGCUUCGACUAGUGUAUUUUUUUAUUUCUAGUUUUCAAUACAACAUCCUUUUAAGCUCUUUUGAUAUUUAAAUAUUAAAUUUUUUUAACUUAAGAUACCAGAUCAUUUACACACCCAGGUAAUUCGAUAAAAUGGGUAAAGGCCACAGUUCGGAUUAACAAUGUCUUACUGUGUUGUUUUUUUUAAAAUUAUAUUUGUAUCUGGUCAACACACCCAAAAAAUGUUCUCACUAUUUUUAAGUGUUUUACUUGUACGUUUUAAAAAAAAAAAAAAAUUCUACAAGUGCCAAUCAUUUCCUUACACAUGUAUGUUUGUUGAACUUUAGACAUAGAAUAUAAAAGUUAGAUUAUAAAAGUUACCUUAUGUAGAGUCACUAGAAAUAUCAAUGAAAAAGUAUGGGAAUGUUAAGAGUUAAAAUAUUACCAAUAUUAUGUUUCUUAUUAAUCAUUAUAAAAUUAUGUUGGUUUGCCUUUUUUUUUUUUUUUUUUUUUUUUUUUUUUUUCUUUUUUUAUUUUUUUUUUUUUUUUUUUUUUUUUUUUUUUUUUUUUUUUUUUUUUUUAGAUAAGGAAAAUGAAAAUGUACAGAGAAAACCAGAGAGGAGGAGAAGAGCACCAAAGCCAAGUUAUUUGACGACUGUUAAAGAAGGCUUUGGAGAAACCUUUCAAAGAACCAAACCUAGUGUUAGCCUAGGUAUGAAUAGUUAGAGUUUGUAACUUUGGAAGUUUGGGAUAAACCAUUUUGGAACUCUUGUAAAACACUAAAAAAAAUGUGGUUAUCAAUGGCGAUGCAAAAAUAGCCUGUUGGCAUCAUCAGUACUGGGACACCACAACAUAAUACUGGGCCAACCCUGGUCAUAUCAUAUAGUACUAUACAAAAUGAAUCUGGAAAAGGGAAAAUUUAUCCUAGAAAAUUAAUUUAAAUUGCAAAAUUACAAAUGCACAUUAUCACUGUGGACAUGUUAUCUCUGAUGACACCUUGUUCAUGUUAUCUGUGUAUAUUUUAUCUCUGUCAACAUAUUCUCCCUGUGACAUUUUAUCUUUGUGUACACCUCUGUGGCCAUUUUAUCGCUGUCCACAUGUUAUCUCUGUGGACAUAUUGUUAUCUGUAUCAACAUUAUCUUUGUCCAUGUUACCCUUGUGUCCUUGUUAUUUAUCAUUGUGAACAUAUACACUACUUUAGCAGUUUGAAUGUUUACCAGUCCCAAUGAUAUGUACUUAAAAAUGUUGUUGUUUUUUUUAAGUAUUUAAAAUAUAAAUCAGAGAAUCUUCAAUUUGUUUAUAAAAAAUUAAACUUGAUACAAAAAUUAUAGUCGCCUGAAUCUUGCAAAUUUCUAUGAACAGAUCUCAAAGCCAGCAGACAGUCCCCUCAAGUCAUAGACGAUGAUGUUUUGUCAGAGUCCUUGUUAUCAGUUGCAUCCAGUAGUUCAUUGGCAUCUGAGAUCCUGGAGCGAACCAAGCGAAGACAGGAAUUUUGGAAUGAGACAGGUGCUGGCCGUUAAUGAAAUACCUUUGCUCACAAUUUUUUAUGGUCCACUGUGCUGCAACUGUUUUUUUUAAAAAACAGGAAAUUUUAAAUUUUUUAAAUUUCAACUAAAGUUGAUAUAUUUUGAUAUGAGUCAAAAUUAGUCAACAGACUACAAAUACUACAAUGAAGUUAAACUCUUAAAGAGCUUAGGAAUCUCAAAUGGAUGAAGAGUAUAAAAUAAAUAGAAGCCAGAAGUGUGACCAAUUCAUUGUUACUUUAUGUCCCAUAAUGUUACAUAAUUAGUUUAUCUUAGUAUAAAUCAGCCUAAAAUGAGAAUGGCUUGUACUUUUUUUUAAAUUUAUUGCUUCAUAAAAAGUAAAACUAAUUCAUUUUUGUUCUCUUUCAAUUUAUGGCUCUGUAAAAAAAAAAAAAAAAAAAUUUUUGUUUUCUUCAAUUAUUGAAUUGAUGUAUUGCUCAUUUUCAUACCAAAUGCUCUUCCACUCAAAUUGUUUUUCUCUUUAUUCCUGUGUAUUUUUAUAUGGUCUAAUGAUAUCCAAUUUAAUUGGAUUGAAAGAACAUUUUAAUUAAUUUUAAACAAAGCAAAGUUAACCCUAGUUUAAUUUAAUUAUUUUGUUAGACAUUUACAAAACUUAUAGAUAAUUAUUUUAAAAAGCAUUUUGCUUAAUGAGUUUCAACAGAUUGCAUUACUUGGUCAUUGUAAAAUCUAACUAAGAGUGUUCCUUAACUUGAAUCGCUAUCCAUUCAUUGAAUGGAAAUCAUUUCAAAAUUCAAAAUAUAAGAUGUCUGUGAUAUUCUUUUUAUGCUUUGAUUAUAACAUAUUUACAUGUUUGUUUAUAUGCUAUAAACUAAAGUAAAGUAUGUUAUUAUGUAGUCAAAUAUUUUAUAGAUUUGAUAUUAUGUAGGGAACAUAUAAUAAAAUAAAUUUUGUCCUC